UAACAUACCUGUGUGAAGAUGACAAAGUAGCUGAGUUGGUUAUUUAUCCAUUUAGAAAGACAUUGUGGUUACCCAUAGUCUCAUAGUGUCAUACUGCAACACAAAACAAUGGGUUCCCUUAUGGCAGGAUGGGACUCUACCCACAUAGAUCCUCAAUCAGCCACACUUAAAAGGAACCGCUCACUCACCAAGGAUGAAAUUGAUGCUUACUGGAAAUCAAAGAAGAAGAUAGACGAAGAACACCUUAGAGCUAUUUCCAACUUGUCAGAGACUAUUCAGGCUAGCAAAAGCACAGAACCUGAGAAGAAGUUGCAGAAGUCAAUGACCAUGCCUGUGACCCGUGCACGGGACUACUUAAAUAUGGGCAUAGACACAAGUUUGGAGCAUCUUAUUAAGAAAAAUGGCUGGUGGACCAAGAGUAGCUGGGCAUUUCUGAAUGAGCCUCCAGUGACUGAAGCUGCGUCCAAUAAGUACAAAUCGCAGUUUCACGUUACAAGCAUGGGAUCAUCGAUCAAAAUUUAACCCCCGAGAUGGAAUUAGUGCUUGAUAUAUAUAUGAAUCUAACUAAUUACUAUAUAAAACUACUCAACCAUAUAUGUACAUAUAUUUUUUCACUAGUACUAGCGUUCGUAUCUACAUGAAUACUAUAAUAUAAUAUGCGAAGUAUUGAACCAAUUAAUGGUGAGCUUCGUUGGUCUCUCGUCCGUGUUGUAAUGAUGGAUCGGGUACUAGCUAGUUCUGCAGUUCCACUGUGUUGUAAUGUCUGGUUUUGUUUGAAGUGCUUAUAAGCAUGAUUAAUUUGCUGUGUUCUGCAGUAGAUGAAUGAAUCUGAUGUGCUUAUUAAUUUGCGAGUA